GGGAUCUGCGCGUUAAGGGACUUCGAUGCGGGGAGUUUGAUCGUGGAGUAUCGUGGGGAGGUUAUCUCAACCGAGGAGUGUCAGCGACGAACCAUGGAGCGUAUGAAGGCUGCCAAAGCAAAGGCCAAAGAAGCCACCAAGGGGAAGGGAAAGGUAACAGGCGGCGGCGAAGACCACUACUUCCUCGCCCUCCACAAAUCAACCAUGAUCGACGCCCACACCCGCGCAAACGAAGGCCGCUUCGCGAACCACUCCUGCUCCCCUAACGCCAAAGUGGAAAAAUGGUACGUGAGAGGCGAACCACGGGUUGGGAUUUUUGCAUGUGAGAAAGGAGUGGGGGUUGGGGAGGAGAUUACGUAUGAUUAUUGUUUCGAGUGGUUUGAGGGGGCGGUGGAGCAGGAGUGUAGGUGUGGGGCCGUGGGGUGCAGGGGAUUUAUC